AUGUCCUUGAAAAGCAAUCAUAAGAGGGAAGUGCGCCGCUACAGAUUGAGGUCUGAACACUGCUUUCGGCAAGAAAACCCUUCUUUGACUUAUGCACUUAGGCAAACAAAGCCUUCAGGGCAGGUUCAAUAUAAUGGUUGUUGCUUGCCUCUCCGCUUAUGUCAGCAUAGAGGAUUUCACUCCAGUCGUAGAAGGAAGCCUUUCUAUGAAACAAUAAAGACUAACUCGAAGGAGCCAGUUUUGAAUAAGGACCUUGUCUUUCAAGCUGGAAGACCAGAACGAGGUAAAGGUGAAUCCCUUGACCGAGUGAAGGAGAGCGAGGAAGUAAUCAAGUUCGAGCAAAGCUUAACACAAGCAAGUUGA